AUGUCCACCGCCACCAGCCACCUCACUCCGGCCAAUCGCGGCCCGCCACCUCAUCCCCGCCGCCGCUCCUGGCCAACCCGCGGCCGCCACGUGUCCCCGCCAGCUCCCCACCGCGCCGCGGCCCACGGAGCCCAUCCGGGGCCCGAGCGCGCUCCGCCGCCCCACCCGUCCUCUCCGCCGCCGCACCCUCGCUGGCGUGCACCGUUGCAGCCCCGCCGGCGCGCCUCCCGCCGCCUCGCCAUCGCCGGACUUCACCACCGGCUCCGCCGCCGCCUCGACCCCACCGGAGCGCGCCGCCAUCCUCCGGUCACCGCCACGCCGCCCGUCGCCGGCACCGCCCCGGACCUACGCCGCCACCUCGCCCCGGCGCCCCGCUCCGCCCGGUCGCCUCCCGCCGCCCGCAAGCCGGACCCCGCUCCGACGCCGCCCCACGCCCGACCCCAGCGCCGCCCGGCUCCCUUCGCCCCGCCGCCGGUCGCCCCGCGCCUCCCGUCGCCAGCGUCCCGCCGCCUCCUCCACGCCCCAGCUCGCCGGAGCCGCCCCGCCGCUCGCCGGAGUUCCACUCCGGCCAGAUCCGCCGCGGGUGGAUGA